ACUGAAUCUUUCCAAUGGCUGGAAAGAGGAUUUGCUGAAACGUCUGGACCCUGAAGAGGAAACCAAGCUCUGAGAACAGCAUAUCUUUCCAGAGCAUACCACUUCAAUACCAAAAGUCAGAUAACUGGGCUCAGGGAAGCUGAGCAAGAAGGUCUCACUGUCCCUCUUGAUCACUGGUAUUUGAGACCCAGAAGUCUCCCAUGGCUCCUUAUCAUAUCCGUCAGUACCAGAACAGUGACCACAAAAGGGUCCUGGACUUGUUCUCCAGGGGCAUGGAAGAGAAUGUCCCUGCUGCCUUCCGCCAUAUGCUAGCAGUGCCCCAGACUCUCCUGUCCUUAUUUGGGGUGCUUGUGACCAUAGUUCUCGUAUGUGGCUCCUGGCUCCUGGCCACAGCAUGCAGCCUCCUCAUACUCCUUUGCCUGUGGCUCCUUGUCUGGCUUUCUUGGAGAAAGUAUGUGGCUACAUGUUUGCAAACAGACCUGGCUGACAUCACCAAGUCCUACCUGAAUGCACAUGGCUCCUUCUGGGUGGCUGAGUCUGGGGACCAGGUGGUGGGCAUAGUGGGGUGCCUGCCAGUCAAGGAUCCCUCACUGGGGAGGAAGCAGCUACAGCUCUUUCGCCUGUCUGUGUCCUCACAGCAUCGAGGACAGGGCAUAGCGAAAGCACUGGUCAGAACUGUCCUCCAGUUUGCACGGGGCCAGGGCUACAGCGACGUUGUCCUUGAGACCAGCAUUGUGCAGUACAGUGCUUUGGCUCUCUACCGGGCCAUGGGCUUCCAGAAGACAGAUGAGUACUUCGUCAGUGCAAUCACGAGGUUGAUGGCUCUUUCUGUCCUUCGUUUCACUUACUCUCUCCCUAUUGCUUGGGAACCGGGGAUGUGACCAUUCUUUGUCCGUCUGUGGGGCUCCAGUUCACUCUGCUGUAGGAACAAGCAAACCCUGCUCUUUUACAAAUGCCAGUCACGGAGCUCAUGUUUCAUUCCUUCAGAUCCAGCCUUGCUGGUGGGGAGUUGUGGGUUUUAAGUGGCACCCUUUCAUCUUUCUAGUGCUGAAGUAGUAUAGCACAGAACCCACCCUGAGCUGACACUGCAUUCAUUUCAUGUGUGACUCUGUAACUAUCAGUUUCAGAUAGGUGGUCUCACAAGUUCCAGCAGCCCAGUCAGGAUGUAGGAUCUUUGCAGAGGGGCCAAAGUGAACACAGAAAGGAGCCACCUUUGUGCCAAGGGGAGGAAGAUGACCUCUGAUGCAGUGAGAACAAUUUUGAAUGGCCUUCAAAACAUUUUGUUCAUACCCAUAGGUGACUGCUGCACUGUCCUCAGUUGCGAGGGGAGACUUCUCAGUGGGUGGUGGUUAAAUCAGAAACUCAUAACUUGUCAUCUUGUAGUUGUUUAGCAGAGUCACUGUAUUAGGGGUAGACAUUAGAAUGAACAGCUGUUUUCUAGAAGUACUUUGACCUUGAAGAAUCAUGUGGUAAACAGUAAAGAAUCUUGGUGGCAAA